CUGAAUUCAUGUGUCUGAGAAAAAUUGUAUCGUCGAAGAUCAAAAACAACUCUAUAUUUUCUCAUUCUCAUUACAUUUCUAUUUUACUUUAGCUGAUCUCUACAACACAACGAUGACAGUUAAUCAAUCAACAACUUACUGUUGUAAUAGAACCUUUGAUCUACCUCGUUCUUUACCUUCUUGCCGGAGCUCAUCUCUCGGUUUCUUUAAUCGGGUUUCGUUAUCACGAACCACCGAAACUCCGGUCUCAAGAAUCGUCUCGGUUUGCUCUCGGAAACCCGGUUCUGAUGGGCCGGGUCAGCUGAGAUCCGUGGUUGAGUCUCAAUCUUUUACUGAGUCAGGGUCAGGGUCACCAUCAUCUGCCAUUGAUUUUCUUACAUUGUGCCAUAGCUUGAAGACCACAAAAAGGAAGGGAUGGAUCAACCAUGGUAUCAAGGGUCCUGAAUCAAUUGCUGAUCAUAUGUACCGCAUGGCCUUAAUGGCACUAAUCGCUGGUGACAUUCCUGGUUUGAACCGAGAAAGGUGCAUGAAGAUUGCAAUUGUUCAUGAUAUUGCAGAAGCUAUCGUUGGAGAUAUAACGCCAUCUGAUGGUGUGCCGAAACAUGAAAAGAGCAGAAUGGAGCAAGCAGCUUUGACUGAAAUGUGCGAGGUUCUUGGCGGAGGGAUGAGAGCUGAAGAGAUCAAAGAACUAUGGGCAGAGUAUGAAAACAAUGCUUCCAUAGAGGCCAACCUUGUGAAAGACUUCGACAAAGUCGAGAUGAUCUUACAAGCAUUGGAAUAUGAAACGGAACACGGGAAGGUAUUGGAUGAGUUUUUCCUUUCCACGGCCGGAAAAUUUCAGACAGACUUAGGAAAGAGUUGGGCAGCUGAGAUUAUUUCAAGAAGAAACUCUAGAUUAGCCAGCAAGCUACACUAGUAAUCUCCCUAUUAGACCAUUGUCAUCGUUCUUUCUGGUCGAGGGUCUGCUACUUGUGGACAUCUCGACAUGGCUGAAGCAGUAAGGGACUUAUCAUUGGCAACUUAACAUCCGAACUUUCCCUUGAAGUAUGACAAAACCGCCAACCAGUACACCAUCUGAUGGUGCGAGCUUAUUGCAUCCAAUGAUUACGCGUAGCUUUUUUGAAAAAAGUAAAUAAAUAAUUAGCAAAUAAUGUGUAAUGGAUAAUGUUUUUAAAGCUAAUUUGAAGAGUUCCUAUUCUCUUUA